AUGAAGCGAACGUUCGAUUACUUUCCACCAACCAUUUGCUACGAUAAACCCGCGGCCGCUUCGGUAUCCGAGGAAGAGAGUGAAUCGCGAAGGGCGAGUGCGUUGGCAGGAUUGCGAGUGCUGGAGCUGACCGUACCGAAAAAAUCUGCCAAAGUGUGGACACUCCAGGAGCAUGAUUUGUGUCGCGUGUCGCUCCCGGAAGGCUCCCAGGUCGGUGAUCUGAAUUUAUGGAACUUGGAAAAUCCUCGCUCGGAGCGAUUCUACUCGGGCAAAACACGUCAGAUACACUCGACCCAUCUGAAGCCGUACGAUCGCCUUUGGAGUAGCUUUCCGCAUCUUCGGCCCAUGGCCACGUUCGUGAGGGACUCGCUCAGCGAUUACGGGAUCGACCGGGACGGAGGAUCCCUCCACGAUGUGGUGGGGACACGAUGCGACGAUUAUAUCUACAAGCUGAUUACCGGUGAGGAUCGGCACGAUAGUUGUCACACAUACCUCACCGAGGCAGUCAAGACCCACGGAUUGACGGAACAGGACGUGCACGACACCUGGAACAUCUUCAUGUGCACCGGUUUCACGAGGGACACACAGCAAUACUUUUGCAAACCAAGCCCAGCUCGGAAGGGAGACUUUAUCGAGUUCAUCGCGGAUAUGAACUUACUCGUAGCCUUGUCUACGUGCCCGCAGGGCGAUGUUUCGAUGCAAGUGGGCCAGACGGUGCCGGAUGAGAAAUGUUUCCCUUUGAAGGUGGAGGUGUUCCGGCCGACAGUAGAAUAUUGA